UUUUGUUGACAGAAUGUCAGGAAUUAUGACUGCAACGGGCCUUAUGGGAGCACAAAUUCGACCUGUUUGUCGUCCGAAAACAAAGCGCGUGGAACUGUCUGGAUCGGCCAAACCAGCUCCUUUUAUUCUUCGACCCUUUUCUAGCCUCUUCAAUCCAUAUCCUUAUGGCUGCUCAGUGCUGUGUAAUCAUCCAGCAGAUUACGAGGCGAAAGAGAUUCUCAGGCGAGCGAAAGAUUCAUGGGCAACUGAAGGGAAAGCGGUAUUGUUGCCGGAAGAAAUGGACAUGAUCAGGGCAAGUUUGGCGGCUGCAACGGGUGCGAUCGAUGCGAGUGUCAAUGCUUCCGCUGCGAAUGCGGAAAUGCACAAUUUCGACGCAGUUCCCGAGGAAUUGUUUCGUAAAUACACCGAGACGGACUCUAGACCGUUGACUCCCGCACCCACGCUUGCCAGUGGACCUGUCUUGACAAACAGACCGAAUCAAGAAGAAUUGGCGAUAACCAGCAACCCGCAAGAACGUACCAUGCUGGUCUUGGACCUCAGAGCUAACUCUAAGAACCAGAUGGAAAAUGAAACUUUCACCUGGCACGCCUUGACUUUAGAACUGCCGCCAACUCCUCGAAAAGCCAAGAUUUUCGUAACCAAAUCGACUCCUUGACGUCAAUCGUGUUCGCCAAACCCAACGACCAAUGCUCCACCUUCUUGCCCAAGCGUAAACACCAACGAACCGAGUUCCAGCAAUCGCAAAGAGGAAGAUGAAUCGGGAACCACGAGUAAGGAACACGUAAUUAUUCGUAGGAGAGGAAAACGAUUGCGAAAAGGGAAGUGCAGAAGAGGAUCAGCUUAUAGACAGCAAGCGGAAGUCCACGAUUUAUUGGAACCAACCGAGACUCAAGUAUCGCACAUAGGAGACGGUUCUAGAAGGACUUCAAUUCACACGUCCAACGGCGACGCAGAGAAUCCAUCGUCUCCCAAGAAAGCCUCUGCGUUGACUACAGUUUCAUCCGCGAUGCCUCCCAGUUUCAUCGAGCCGGACAUUUUGAAACAUUUGUGCAGAGAAUUGGAUCGAGAUAAGGUGGACGCAGAGUUCUCGUACAAGAGAAGAAUCGUAUUCGAGGAAGCUCUCCGGGCGAAAGGCGAAAGUUAUUCGCAUUUUAGAGGGUCCCAAACAUUCGCGAAUCUUACAGUAACAGGGACAACGAGAGUAUUUUCUCGCCAAGCGGCUCGUUUCGAAAUUCUGGACAGUGAAAGUUUACGCGGGUUGACGGUGUCAGAGUACAUCGGUAAACACGUUUUCAUUUCUUCAGGAAGGAAAUUAAUUUUUGGCAGAGUGUUCAACAAAUUUCAAGAGGAGUCUUUGGGAUGUUCCAGGUAUAUCCUUCCAAAUGACAUCCACACAGCUCUGCAGGAAAUUAUUGGGAAACCCAUGACGGAAGAACAGGAGGCAUAUUUUAAAUCUAUAAUUGGGGAAACGAAGGAACCAUUGAACUUCAGAAGUUGGUGCGGUCUGUGCGCCACCGUGGAGCGAUUACUGUGUCCUCUUCCCCAAAAAGAAAUCGAUCCUCCAUCGUGGUUGGAAAGAGUGGAUUUCGAGGCGUUGGAACGGAGACUUCAGUCCUUUGAUGUGGAUCCAAAACUAAGGAUAUUUUUAAGAGAGAUCCGCGACAAAUAAAAAUAUAAUUCAUAAACAACGUAAAAAUACAAUCACUCGUUUCAUGAGUCGUUGUCUCGCUGUCAUGCGUAUAUUAUUAAUACGAUUUUUCAGAAUCAAGAUUCUUUAAGAUUAAUUAGCUCUGCUGGCUUCUGUUGGCAUCUGUUGACCGCCUCUUAUAUUUCUGCAAACAUAUAACGAUUACUACUGAGUUCUGCCUGCCUCUGCUGGCCUCUGCUGUCCUCUGCUGACCACCCCUGAUGCUU